UGGUGCAGCUCCUCUCAUCGCAGCUUGCGACCAAGCCAUUUGAGUCGAUCACACCACACGCGUCGUCGUUAAGCCCAAGAAAGAAGAUGUUCGGCUUCGGGCACCACCACAGCCAGGCGCCGCCGUCGUCCGGCCCGAACCAGAUCUUCAAGAUCUUCUGCCGCGCCUCCGAGGACUAUGUCCUGGCCGUCCGCGACGGCGAGGUCGUGCUCGCCCCCGUUAACCCCAAGGACGACACCCAGCACUGGCUCAAGGACAUGCGGUUCAGCACCACCGUGAAGGACGAGGAGGGCAUGCCGGCGUUCGCGCUCGUCAACAAGGGCACCGGCCUCGCCGUCAAGCACUCCAUCGGCAAGUCCCACCCCGUGAAGCUGGUGCCGUUCAACCCGGCGUACGAGGACGCGUCGGUGCUGUGGACGGAGAGCAAGGACGUGGGCAAGGGGUUCCGCUGCAUCCGCAUGGUGAACAACUACCGCCUCGGCUUCGACGCCCUCAACGGCGACAAGGACCACGGCGGCGUUCACGACGGCACCACCAUCGUGCUCUGGGAGUGGUGCAAGGGGGACAACCAGUGCUGGAAGAUCCUGCCGUGGGCCGAGGCGCACGCCGCCGUCGACUCCGGUGCCUGUGCCGGCAACGGCGGAGGGCCACCCGUGCACGCCGUGCGCAUCUUCUCCAAGGCCAGCGAGGAGUACAGCCUCACCGCCCGCAACGGCACCGUCGUCCUCGCGCCCACCAACCCCAGAGACGAGUACCAGCACUGGAUCAAGGACAUGAGGCACGGCAGCAAGAUCAGGGACGAGGAAGGGUACCCCGCGUUCGCCAUAGUGAACAAGGUCACCGGCGAGUGCAUCAAGCACUCCACCGGCCAGGGCCACCCGGUGAAGCUGGUGCCGUACAACCCGGCGUACCAGGACGAGUCGGUGCUGUGGACGGAGAGCCGCGACGUCGGCAAGGGCUUCCGCUGCGUGCGCAUGGUGAACAACAUCUACCUCAACUUCGACGCCUUCCACGGCGACAAGGCCCACGGCGGCGUCCACGACGGUACCGAGAUCGUGCUCUGGAAGUGGUGCGAGGGUGACAACCAGCGCUGGAAGAUCCUCCCCUGGUAGAUGUUGCACCGGGAGAGCUGCAUUGCCAUCGAUCGCCAUGAGUUAAGUCUGGGGACAAGUCCCUCCCCAUCGUCGUCGUAAUCCUCUGCUUCUGCUAGCUAAUAAUGUUGCUGUCGAAAUAAAACCGUGUGCGAUGUAUGGCAAUGGUGUCUGAGUGAGUGUCGAGUUGUGCUGAAACGGCAUUUCUGAGAGAGGAGAGGGCCCUGAUCUGUACUCCGAUGUAACUCGUCUCUGUUUCUAGUACUGGGACCUGUACUGCUCUGUGACCUGCAUUGUCUGUUUUAUUUUUCUUCGAUCUAAUCAAUGAAUGGGCUCACCUAUCUUGCACCUU